UUGAACUCCUAGCCUCAAGUGAUCCAAAAUGCUGGGAUUACAGGCAUGAGCUGCUGUACCCAGUGGGUUUUGCCAUGUUAAUAAUGAUAAGAGUGAGAGGGUAAGUCUGAACAAGGUCAUUUAAUUACUAAGUGGUGAUGCUGGGAUUUGAACCCAGAUAGUCUAACUUCAGAGUACAACAUUACAACCUACCACAUUUGAUCUCCUAUUACAUUUGCUAGUGUAAAUUCACUCUAGCACAGUGUUUCAGAUAUCGGAGCCUUUUAGUUAAUGUUUUUGACAUUGAAUUCUCUUGCUUCCUUACUCUUGUUUCACCAGGAUUCGUGACAGAAUUCUCCUUGCCUCAAUCAUACCAGAAUAGAGUAAACUGAGGCUGCAGCUAGGUGGGUAGAGAGCCCUGUAAGAGUCUGUUCUCUAACGUGUGGGCUCUCUGGAGAUAAGCAAAGGCUGCCAGCCUGACAAAUCCACUGCCACGGAUAGUGUAGACAUUUCCGCCCCAGAAAGGAUAUUGUACUAUAUUCAUAGACUAUUAGAGUUGGAAGGAGAUUAACUGGUUUUGAAACGCUUAGUUGUGGGCACCCUUGUUAAAAAUGGCUUUUUAAAGAAGUAUAUAUUUAAAAAACAGUUGAGAAGAAGAGAACCUGUAGUGAGCCUCCCCUUCAUACCCCCCUACAAAAACAUUUUAUAAACCCCUAGAACUGAGGAACCCAGUUUGUAAAACAUUGUAACCCCCUCAUUUAACAGAUGAAGAACCUUACGUUCAAACCUAGUGAUGACAAAGGCUACACAGCGUGUUAGGUAUGGAGACAAUACCUAAACUCUUGUGAGGUUCUGUAAUUCCAAUGCUUUCGGUGGAAAUCAUUUUUAUGCAGCAUUUUUAAAGGGACUGCAUUGGGCAAAGCACUAAACUAGCUAUGAGGACGACAAAUAUGAACAAGUCCUAGUCCCACCCAAUCAGGAACACAGUUGAGGCUAAUAACCUAGAAACACAAGACAGCACACGCACGCAGUUAACUUGCUUAUAGUUCCCGAACUGGUUCCUGAGACAGAAGGAUGCCAGGACCUUGGCCAGUUCUGGGCAGGGGGUGUGGGCUGAAUAAGGAGAGUCUAUCCUGGUGGAGAGACGUCCGGGGCCUCUGGGAGAGAAGGGGCAGGAGGAGGAAGUAUGGCUGGCGGGCCCCACACCAAGGUCUAACUGGGAAAGGGGUGGCUCACAGAGUGGGUGGACCAAGCAGAGCUCUCCACCGGUUUUUUUUUCCUCCGCCGGUUUUAAUGGCUCAGACUCGUAUUCAUCGGGCUUCAAGGGUCCGCGGGGUGGCGGGCGGAAGGGGCGGGGCUUGAAGCGGAAGUCCCUCGGUCAGCUCAAGUCACGUGAGAGGGGAUGCUCCGAGCCCAGCUCGUGCGCAGGAAGCAUGGCACUCUGGCGGGCAUACCAGCGGGCUCUGGCUGCUCACCCGUGGAAAGUACAGGUCUUGACAGCUGGGUCCCUGAUGGGCGUAGGUGACAUUAUCUCACAGCAGCUGGUGGAGAAGCGGGGUCUGCGGGAACACCAGACGGGCCGGACCCUGACCAUGGUAUCUCUGGGCUGUGGCUUUGUGGGCCCCGUAGUAGGAGGCUGGUACAAGGUUUUGGAUCGGUUCAUCCCUGGCACCACCAAGGUGGAUGCACUAAAGAAGAUGUUGUUGGAUCAGGGAGGCUUUGCCCCAUGUUUUCUAGGCUGCUUCCUCCCACUGGUAGGGGCACUCAAUGGACUGUCAGCCCAGGACAACUGGGCCAAACUCCAGCGGGAUUAUCGUGAUGCCCUCAUCACCAACUACUAUCUCUGGCCUGCUGUGCAGUUAGCCAACUUCUACUUGGUCCCCCUUCAUUACAGGGAGGAUCUUGCUUCCACAACCCUUGUCUCCAUGCCACCUGAGCUCACCACCUUUGAUGGCCUCUCUGCAGGGACAGUGCCAGGGAUGCUGCAGCCUAGGUUAGGCAGAAAGGUAGACCAAAAAGCCAAGUAGGAGCCUGGCCAGGUUGGCUGUUGUCCAGUGUGUUGCUGUUAUCUGGAAUUCCUACCUGUCCUGGAAGGCGCAUCAGCUCUAAGUCUGCCUCGCUCAG